GAGAUGAGCGAUGAAGACUUGGUAGAGGAAUUUGCAGAGGCCGACGAUGAGUUGCUCGUCGACGUUAUGACGGAGGACCUAGCCGAGGAGACCGGCAGCCACGAGGAGAAUUCCGAGUCGUCGGAGGAUCCGCGGGCUCCCGUAUUCGAUCCUAUGGCCUUGGGCCUGAAAGAGAUCAACAAUCUGGCCCACUUCGGCGUCAGCAGUCACAGACCAGGAAACGGCGUGGCCGAGUUGCUCAGCGAUGACCUGGACAAAUACUGGCAGUCAGACGGCCAGCAGCCGCAUCUGCUCACCGUUCACUUUUUGCGCCGCGUUGAGAUACGAGCCAUCCGCUUCUACGUCGACUACAACCAAGACGAGUCAUAUACGCCAGCCCAUAUCGUCUUCCUGGCCGGCACCGGCCAUCACGACCUAAUCCAAUUCGCAGAGGUCCCGCUCACCCACCCGGUCGGGUGGCAGGAUGUUCCUAUUGCGGACUGCGGCGGGGGGGCGGAUGGCCACUCCCUGUGCUGCUGGAUAGUGCAGAUGCACAUCAAGGAGAACCACCAGAACGGCAAGGACACUCACAUCCGCGGCAUCAAAUUUUACGCUCUGGACGACCAACCGCUGCGCGGAACUGUACGCGGGCCGGCGCGCGCCCCGGGCACCGAUGUUGAUGAGGGCUAUGCCCGUGUGCUGCCCAUGGAGAGCCUCGCAGAGGAGGAUGCAAGGCUCCAAGAGCUGUUGGAUGCCUUUGACCGCUACCCGUCAUCCCAGUCCGGCAACUUCUCAAACAUGCCCGAUCUGAUGGGCGAACCGGUGAUUCGCUGAAAGGCCAUUUUGUGAAGAUGCAAAGUACGGAGUGAUACUUAUGGGCAACGACCGAGGAUGAGGCGCUGUGGCGGAUGGUCCUGCACGGUUCAGGCGUUUGGGGGACUGAUAUUCUAUUGUUUUUAAACGAGUAGGACGCAUAUGAUACCCCAGUUUGCUACCUAUGGCGC